ACCUAUAAAAAUUAAUUGACAGAUCAAGUGGAAAACAUCUGGAAACAGAUAAUCUUCUUUCUUUUCCCCCAUUCAGUUUCAGGAUAAGCCUUACAUUUAUUCUCUUCCUUUUUCUUUCUUAUCUUCUUUCCCAUUUUAAUUCACUCGUCUACGUCUUUGCAUCCCAAUUUGCGGAUAUCAUCUCACCAAUUCCUCUUUCUUUCCCCCACCUAUUAAUACGUGCCAUACCUCUUCUCUUCUUCCUAUUCUCAUGUCGAUUGCCUUUCAGACUAGUGGGGAUUGCAUCUCUGUCCAGCGUUCUGCCUUUAUCCACCGGAUGCCUCCGUUUAUGGGGGCCUUUUCCGGAGAUCGGCGGUUUCCGGCUGCGGAGAGGAGGGAGGAUGAUUUGGAUGAUUCUUCUAGCUCGUUGUCGAUCGGGAGGAAUAGUGACCUGUCGGGUGGAGAGGAUUCCGGCCAGGAUUGUGAUGAGUCGGAGGUUCAGAGCUUGUAUAAGGGGCCGUUAGAUUCCAUGGUAGCUUUAGAAGAGGUUUUACCUAUCAAGAGAGGCAUAUCAAAGUUUUAUAAUGGCAAGUCGAAGUCGUUCACAAGUUUAGCAGAUGCAUCCUCUGCUUCCUCUAUUAAAGAUUUUGCAAAACCAGAAAAUCCCUAUAACAGGAAGCGCAAGAAUCAAUUAGCUCGCAACAAUUUCUGGGAUAAGAAUUGCAAUUAUCCCCCCAAAGAUGAUGCAAGUGGCAUAUCAAAAAGACCAGCAAACUCCAAUCGAAGUACAUCAGCCCUUUGCUCGACCAUGAACUGCUCUAAAAGCAAUAGUAAAAGGGAGGACUCUCAUCCAUUGUCAUCACUACCUUCUUGUCUUCCACCCUUACAUCCGCAAGGAAAAUCAUCACUCAACAAUGAAUCAUGUUCUCCGCUACCUCAAAGGAGCUCUCAUUGGCGAUCAUUCUCCCUUUCUGAUCUACAAUGUGCUACUGCCGCAGCUCAUAAUAGCUGAUUUGACAAUUGUGGUGACAGCAUUGACAAUAUACUACAUUGACAUAUGGCUUUUGUUGGCUUCACACUAUGAGUCUGAAGUUGAAAAUAUUAGUGUUCAAGUGUUGAAGUUUGUUGCAGUUGACUUGAUGGUUCUGCUUCUGCGUUUUGUACUCACAGAGUUGGGCAUAGCAUGUAUGGGCAUUUUAAGAAGAUACACUGAGGUGCACUGCUUCUCACAUUUUGUCUGCUAUGGCUGUUAGAAAAUGUCUAGAUUGUUUCAUUGUAUUAUUACUAUCAUACAAGUACCUUGUCUUCUUUUCUAAAUGAGUAUUAACUAAUAAAUUACAUUUUAAAACA